CACCUCCACAUCAUCACCACACCUUCAGGCCAGGGAUGCGUGCUUUGCGACGCGACGCAACACACAACAUCCAGCCAUUGCAGCUGCAUGCGAACCAUAUAUAAUCAAACCAAAACAUAACAGCCGCGUGUGGCUGUCACUACUGCGCGCACCAGCUGUUUACCACGUCAACCCCUUCGUCGCGACAAUUCCUUUGACCCAUGCCCUCCAGUGACGAGCUUGCGCUGGCUCCAUCGCUGCCCUCUUUCGACGAGGUGUCUCCGAAGCAAACAACAAGGCAGCGGCCAUCUACCAUUACAACAAAGCCCACCAUGGCUCCAGACAUGGAGAGGGUGGUGGAAUUCCUCGGGGACCCUUUCGAACCACGAGCAGACCCAGACGCCCAAACCACGGUAACUGACUUUAUCGACUUUACCGAGUAUCUAUCAGCCGACAUGACCCGAUCGCUUACGCUGAUUGGCGACCUCGAUCAAAGAUACCGCGACGCUUCUGCAAAAGUAAACGAUUACGCCCUUGCCUGGGGACAGCGACCAUCACACUCGACGACCGAUCGAACCUCCGCGGCCGACAUCCGAGCAGGCAUAUCGAAACAGCUCAAAUACAGCGUGGAUUCACGCGUCUUUGCUCAUGCAGAAGCCCAACGCAUGACCGACAACGUCCAUAGACACUACAGCAAAGCCAAGAUUCUGCUCGAUAAGCUACAGACUAUGAUGGACAAUUAUCCAGCUGAAGCUGCAACCGCUGAGCCCAGAUCACCGCAGCUCUCGCGUGCCAAGCCUGCUUCACGCCCAGGAGCCGAUGGCGCGACAAAGCCGAAGCAGAAGCGCAUACCGAAAAUAACAGUGCCGGGAGAGGUGCUCGCACCUUACGAGAUUGAAUACGAUUUCUUCUCGGACGAUAGCGAGAGCAGCUCCGAUUCCGACUCGGACGCCCGUCGAACACCUGCUCCUCGCAUUAAACUUCUCACAAGUCACGUCAGGAAGCCGGUAAAUCGGCCGCCUCGAGUAAUGACAUAUACAUCUGCAGCUAUGGCUGCUGCGGUAGCUGCCAACGCUGCAGCUCUGCAGAACCCACCGCCCGAGAAUGCAGUGAUUGGCAGUGCUGACGCGCCCUGGUUACAGCUAACGUUGUACGAGCUAGCAAAGCUUAGAAAGCGCAUGAAGAAGAAUGCAACUUGGACCCCGAGCGAGACUAUGAUAGCUAGAGAACUGAUGGCGCUCAAUCGCGGACCAGAGGCAUACCGGGAAGCGAAGAAGAAGGCAGAGGACGAGGGCAAAGUUUUUGAUGCUCAGGUACCAACUCUCAUUACAGAUGCAGAAUCUGGCCAACAGCAUUUACCAGCUGGUGCUAUUAGUGCAGACUGCUUGACGGGUGAGGGGCUCCCGAUAAGCAAUCGUGGUAUGAAACUUAACGAGGCCAAGAAACUUAAGCGGGAGGCGAUGAAGCUAGCAGAGGAGAGUGGAAUUAUGCCAGACAUCAAGCUGACACCGAAAUCCAACUCUCGUCCUCAAGGAAAACGUAAGAGGGAUAAUGACAGCGAUGCAUUCACUGUUGCAACACCGGCCGCGGAGACGCCUUCGGCUCGCCAACAGGCCAAGCGUACCAAGGUUGAGACUCCGGUGCCCCCUCCUCGCCAUCCUGGAUUUAACUACACAAGCCCAACCAAUGGAGGAACCCGUGCGUCAGCUGCUUCAACCAGCGCAACGCCCGCUGCUCAGCAAACACCUGUGCCAAUACCUGUGCUCUUCUCCAAGUCAGGCACCUCACCUUCGGGUGGCAACGGGGGUAAAACAGUGACUACCUCUAUUCCUGUUAAACCUCCAGCAGAGACACCUGUGCCACUCCCAAAGACAGAAAGAACAAUUACCCCAGUGUUUCCACCUGGUCGCGAUAGCAAUCCCGAUCCAUCCAAGCUGCAGGUUGUGCCGACGAGCUCUGCUGCAGCUGACGAUGAAUCUCGGUCACGACGUUCGCUAUCUCGCGGCAUUACUCCUGGCGCUGAGAGCAAGCGACCUGGCUCAAGGGGCAAAGCUGGCAGUCAAGAGCCGCCAUCUUUGGCAAGCGAUCGCCCGCGUCGCACCAGUGCUGCCCGAAUCACACCAAUCCCCGAGACAAAGACCUUGGUCAAGCGCCCGAAGCGAGCUGCACCAGGUGUCGUUAGCAGAACCAGCAGCGGCGGUAAUAGCGCCGUGGGUAAACGCAAAGCGGCACCUAAGAAGAAGAAGAAGAGCCGUGCGGCCAAGGGAGAAAAGGAUAGCACCCAAACGAGCGAGGAUGAUGAGAUGGAGGAGAUUGAAGUGGACGACGAAGGCAACGCGAUUGACCCCAAUGAGGAGAGAUACUGCUUAUGCAACGGCGUAAGCUUUGGUACUAUGAUCCAGUGUAACGUUGAUACAUGUAACAAGGAAUGGUUCCAUUUGGAAUGCGUCAACUUGGACGCCAUCCCAGCGCGCACUACGAAAUGGUACUGCCCUGAAUGCCGCGUGCUUCUCAACAUUGGCGAGAAGGGUGAGGUUACUGCCCGCGGGGUAAAGAAGUAGGUUUGUAUUCUAGGAGCAACACAAGACCAGCGAUGGAUUUCAUGAUUUGUCUUUUUCGUCUUUUUAGUCGGCAGGGGCGUUAAAUGGUGAUCGUUCCUUUUGGUACGAUUGGUGGAGUUUGUUUCUGAUACCAGAUUUCUUAACAUAAUACACUGCUAGUGUGUCUAUUUCUAGUUACUUCAUAUGAAACUAAUAAAAAAAUCCGAGUUAGACACUGCUCUAGAUUCGCCGACCGAUCUAGACUCACCAC